AUGGGCGACGAAAAGCCGGUGGGGCCGGUGGGAGGUAGGACGAGAUUCGUUUCGCGCUUUCAAAAGCGGCUUCGCGCGCAGCGCAACUUUGGGUUUGCCACGAAAAGCGUCCCCAGUGGAAAUGGGGGCUACUGGGGCGGCCAAUUCACACCUCGCGGGACUACUUAUGUUUUCGUAAACGUAGUUGUGGCCCCCCGCUACGUCGCACGAGUGCAACCGGGUAGCGGGGGGCUAAAAGCCGCUUACGGACCCAGCCAGCAAAUCGCAAUCUUCACGGCCAACAAGGCAACGCUGGAGCCAAUGCGCGAACUGAUCGAAAGAACGUGCGCUGUGCAAGUUGGAGAGGAGCGAUUCGUCAUUGUGGACUGCAAGGAUGUGCCGGGGUUUGAGGCCGUUGAGCGAGGCGAGGCGGUGGAUACACUGAAGGUUGAGCCAGGAAUGGUCGAACUGGCGAAGCGCGUGGUCUCGAAGCACCCUGUCGUCGCUAUUCUGAUGGAGUGUACCGAGCUGCCACCGUACUCGGAUGCCGUGCGCGCGGCCACUGGCUUGCCGGUGUGGGACGCGCUUAGCUGCUGCGACUUCUUUGUCGGCAGCAUGAAGGACAACGACCGUUGUGGCAUGGCCGAUUGGCAGGAGGAGUGGGACAGGGAACAAGACUGGUACAAGUUUGGGCACGAGCUCAACACAGAAGAGCGUGGCAGGCUGGAAUCGUAUUUUUCGCAGUCUUCUCGACUGUCGAUCAUAAGAUAG